CUUCACUCGAACCUCCCUCACCUCGCCGAUUCAACGCCUGCAGACCUUUCGCCAUGACCCAGAAGAUCGCUAUCCUUUCCGUCUAUGACAAGACUGGUCUCAUCGACUUUGCCAAGGAGCUCGUCGCCUUGAACAUCCGCAUUCUUGCUUCAGGCGGCACCUCCAAGGCCAUUGCCGCUGCUGGAUUGCCCGUCGAGGAUGUCUCUGCCAUCACCAAGGCUCCGGAAAUCUUGGGCGGUCGCGUCAAGACCCUCCACCCUGCUGUCCACGGAGGUAUUCUGGCCCGCGACAUCCCCUCGGACGAGGCUGAUCUGGCUGCUCAGGCUAUCGAGAAGGUCGACAUUGUUGCUUGCAACCUGUACCCCUUCAAGGAGACUGUUGCCAAGGAGGGAGUCACCAUCCCUGAGGCCGUUGAGGAGAUCGACAUUGGUGGUGUCACUCUUCUCCGUGCUGCUGCCAAGAACCACAUUCGCGUUAGCAUCUUAUCUGACCCCAAGGACUACGCCACCGUCAUUGCUCAGCUCAAGGAGCACAACAAGGUCUCGGACGAGACCCGCCAGAAGCUCGCGCUCAAGGCAUUCAACCAGACCAGCGAGUACGACGAGGCUAUUUCCAACUACUUGCGCCAGCAGUAUGCCGCCGGUACCCAGCAGCUCACGCUCCGCUACGGAGCCAACCCCCACCAGAAGCCUGCCCAGGUCUUUAUCAAGAACGGCGACCUCCCCAUCAAAGUCUUGUCUGGAUCUCCCGGCUAUAUCAACUUGCUUGAUGCCUUGAACGCAUGGCCCCUUGUGAAGGAGCUCACUCAGGCUCUCGGCCUCCCUGCCGCCGCUUCCUUUAAGCACGUCUCUCCCGCCGGCGCUGCUGUCGCUGUUCCUCUGUCCGAUGUCGAAAAGAAGGUCUACCAUGUUGAUGACCUCAAGCUGCCCCUCAGCCCCGUCGCCACUGCUUAUGCCCGUGCCCGUGGUGCUGACCGUAUGAGCUCCUUUGGUGAUUGGAUCGCCAUCUCCGGCACCGUCGACUUGGUCACCGCCAAGAUCAUCUCGCGUGAGGUUUCGGAUGGUAUCAUUGCCCCUGCCUACGAUAACGAUGCCCUCGAGCUCUUGAAGAAGAAGAAGGGCGGUAAGUACACUGUCCUCCAGAUGGACCCCAGCUACGAGCCCCAGGAACUCGAGUCCCGCCAGGUUUAUGGCCUCACCUUGCAGCAGAAGCGCAACGACGCCAAGAUCGACGCCAGCCUCUUCAAGAACCUCGUCACCAAGAACAAGGACUUGCCCGAGGGUGCUAUCCGCGAUUUGAUUGUCGCUACGAUCGCUCUCAAGUAUACCCAGUCCAACUCGGUCUGCUACGCCAAGAACGGCAUGGUCGUCGGUCUCGGUGCGGGCCAGCAGUCUCGUAUCCACUGCACGCGUCUUGCCGGUGACAAGGCCGAUAACUGGUGGUUGCGCCACCACCCUAAGAUCCUUGACUUUGGCUUCAAGAAGGAGACCAAGCGUGCCGACAAGUCGAACGCCAUUGAUCUGUAUGUCCUGGACAAGAUUGGCAAGGGCGAGGAGCGCGCCGCAUGGGAGGCCCAGUUCGAGACUGUGCCCCAGCCCUUGACUGCUGAGGAGCGCGAGGCCCACAUGAAGGAGUUGACGGAUGUCGUCGUCUCGUCCGACGCCUUCUUCCCCUUCACAGACAACAUCCAGAGGGCCCACCAAUCCGGUGUCAAGUACAUUGCUGCGCCCAACGGAUCUAUUCAGGAUGACCUUGUCAUUGCUGCAGCGGACUCGCACAACAUGGUCUUGGCCCACACCACCCUCCGUCUCUUCCACCACUAAAGGAACAGGAGUGUUUUUAUUCUUGUGUGUAUCUCUCUUAUAUAUGUACAUUUCCCCUCUCCCCUCUCCCCCGACGUUUCGUUCGCGAGGAUUUUUUUAUCUAUCAUCCAUUCAUGAAUAAAUAAACAAAAAUGAUUCAGCAGGUAUAGAAGC